AUGAGCUCCCUUCCGAACAACUCUUCCUCCUCCGUCAACCGCCUCGACAUCAUGUUCCUCCUCUACCUAAUGUGCAAGUUUCAGGUUCAAGACUCUGACAACCAAUUUACCGAUGAUGACUACAUUUAUGACAAAGAAGAAGAAAAAUUAGAAUUCGAAAUUGAAGAUGAUAAGCUUUGCCCCUACCAAGACGAGGGACUACGCGCGAUUUACCAAGAAGAAUCUCGGAUUGAAGCUGAAGUCGUUUACCGAAUCCUGAAUAGCAAAGCUCAUACCUUGAAGCCUAAUUCGGGUCAAACAAUUAUGAUUCGUGAAAGUAGCAUCGCUGUUGAGUUUCGUGUGGAUGAAGAAGGUGAGCAUAUUGUUUGGGAAUGGCAUGGUCAUAUUCCGAGAUAUACUGAGGAGCAUAAAUUUUCUCUUGAGUAUAUUUAUGGGAAUUACUUUCAGAGAAUUGUACAUGAGGAGGGUCAUACUACACCGCCUCGAGUAGUUGCAGCAAAUCUCUAG